AUGAUACCUUUACAUAGAUCCUUCUCAACUAGUGGGAAGAUAUUAGCACGUACAAAAUUUACUAUUCCAAAACCUCCUCCACCAAUACGUAAUAAUGUACGUAAACCAACACAAUUUACUCAUCAUUCAAAUAAUUUAAAAAUUACAAAACCAAUUCCACCAACAGUUUUAAAUAUUAAAUGUCCUGAUAAUCAUCCACUUUGGCAAUUUUUUCAUGAAAAAAAAUUUUUAAGAUCAGAAGAAGAUUUAGACUUAAAUGGUAGAUCUUGGUCAAUACCUGAAUUAAGACGUAAAAAUUUUAAUGAUUUACAUUCUUUAUGGUAUAUUUGUUUAAAAGAAAGAAAUAUUCUAGCUAGAGAAACUCAUUUAUUAGAAGUUUCAAUGGGAGCUGAUGCAGGUCCUUAUAUGGAAUUGGCUGAUAAUAUUAGAGAUACAAUGUGGAAAAUUAGACAUGUUUUGAGUGAACGUGAUCAUGCAAUAAAAUUAACUCAAACAAAUUUUUCAAAAGAGACAAAAAAAUUUUGUGAUGAAUUUUUAAUAGAAUUUAAUGAUAAUUCAAUUUAUCCAAUUAAUGAUCCAAUAACUUGGGAAACUUUAAAUAGAUUUCAAUAUGCAAUUUUUGGAAUUAGCGAAAUUAUUGAAGAUAAUAUUAUUGAUAGAUCAUUUGUUGAUGGUAUUAAAUUUAUUGCAAAUUUAAAAUUAAAAAAAUUAAUUAAUAAUGAAAAUGAAUUAGGUAAAAUUACAGAUGUUGGUGAAGCUUUUGUUUUAUUCACUGCAGAAAAUAAUAUUGAUUCGAUUAAUGAUGCUAUUAAAAUAGUUAAAGAAUUAAGAAUUAAUGAAAAGACUGUGUCAAGAUAUGAUGAAUUACAAACUGUACAAAAUUAUAUUCAACAAUUAACAGAUGCAUCAGUAAAUCAAGAACAAUCACAACCACAAUAA